CACCGGCAACUUGAUGAGGUUAUGGAAUUUGAUUUAGAAAUUAUAUCAUGGAUGCAUGGAGGAUAUUUGACAGUUGGAUUCCUUUUCGAUUCGUCUGCAUUAAGCUCAUCUCUUGUUGAUAGCCUUAUGCAACAUAUACAGGACGAAUUAAAGACAAUGAAUGAUGUCAUAAUUACUGAAUCACAGGAAACAUGUGUUCAAGUAAGAGAACCAUACAUUAAUGACAGAACUGUUCAAAGUGGUAGAGUGGAAAUAAUAUCAGCCAUCAAUAUAGAUCCAAGCUGCAAACAUUUGAUUUUAGAAGCUUUGAAAUAUUGCAAUUUACGUCUUGAUGAGUUGAUUGUUCAUCAACAAGAGAACUUCAUGCAGUCGCUUUUAAGACACAAAAAUGAUCCAUCAACAAUAUUAGUGGUUAUCCCAUGCCAUAAAUAUGAGAUUGAGCGAGAUCAAUUUAGCCUACUAUGCAAUGAUUUAAAAGCUGUUCACAAAAUUAUUGUAGUAAACACAGACAACGUUUUUAAUAAAAGCAAACAUGCAUACAAGUUAUCACAGGGUAUCAAAGAGAUCUUUCUGCCAGAGGAAUUUACAACCAUAUUUUAUGAUAGCGAAUCAGAUAUAAGAUAUAAUAUGCCAUUCACUCAGGAAGGAUACAGACACUUUGCAUUACUUAUUGCUAGAGCUAUUCACAGCCUUAUCUUCAAGCGAAAACAUAAGGUUAUUGUUGUUGAUGCAGAUUAUACAUUAUGGCAUGGUGAGUGUGCCCAAGAAAGGGUUCAAUCAAACACAGGAAAUGUGUGUUUACAGCAGUUCUUACUUGAACAAAAGAAAUAUGGAAUGGUUUUGGCUGUUAUUAGUAAAAAUGAUCACAAGGACAUCGAACGUGCUUUUCAAAACUUGGAGUCGGAUUGGUCUCUAAGAAUGAAUGAUUUUGUAUCAAUUCAAGCAAAUUGGGAUUCAAAAGUACAAAAUAUUAGGCAUCUUGCCACCUUGUUGAAUCUUGGACUUGAUUCCUUUAUUUUCAUAGAUGACAACAGUCUUGAAUGCGAGGAAAUGAUAUUGUCUAGUCCGGAAGUACUGACACUCAAGUUCCCAAAUGACGAAAAGCUUGUUGCUUCUUACCUACAAAAUUUCUGGUUUUUGGACGGUCAUGACAAUACCAUCGAUACAGCAGAUAGAACAGAUAUGUACAAACAAGAAUUUAAGAGACAAAACGCUAUUUCAAAAGUAGACAUAAAGUCGAAAUCAAGCAGUGAGAUGAUGACCGAGCUACUUCUCUCUUGGAAAAUGAAACUGUGUAUAAUGAAAACAACAAAGAAAAAUUUGUUAGAAAAUGCAGGACUUUAUUCCAGAUGUAAUGAGUUACUUUUCCGGACUAAUCAGUUUAAGUUGAACAACAUGCAUGUAUCUUUAGACGACGAAUGUGAUGAAACACAAAUCUGGGUGAUUUCGCUGACCGAUAAUUUUGGAUCAUAUGGCGCAAUAAGCAUUUGCAUUAUCGACAAAAUAUCUGAUGCUUUUGUUAAACAGUGGGUUGUUAGUUGCAGAGCUCUAGGGCGCUUUGUUGAGCACAGGAUAUUUGAUGAACUGGGAAAACAAACUAACAAGAAGAAUACAGUUACGAUGGCAUUGCAAAGCACAGGUCGAAAUAUACCUAUUUUGAAUUUUCUCUCAGGUUUUGGUAUUGAAAACGUCUCAGAAGAGGUUCAACGAAGAAAGAUAACUCUCAAUCAACCUGAUUUCAACGGUUAUUGUGAGAACCUUCACGUUAUGGUGAUUACAGAUGAUAUCAAUAAUGAUUCUUUUAAAAAAAAACAUAUUCCUGAAAACAAAGAACAUCAUAGAAAUAUAUCUGCACUUCAAGGAAGUACGCUUACCGAUGUUCAGAAGUGGAUAGCCAAGACUUGGACACGUUUACAACAGGAACAUACUUUACAACACAACUUGUUUCCAAUAAUACCAUUUGAAACAUCAAACAUAUGUGCAGAGUUUUCCCCAGAUCUUCAGAAAAACACGGAAGAUCUCCAAGAACUUGUUAAACAAAGUUGGAUGGAAGUCUUAUGCACACAUCAACCCCCAGUCGAAAGUGACAAUUUUAUGCUAGCUGGUGGAACAUCAUUUUUAGCUGUAUUUUUAGUAUCCAAGUUAAGACGAGAAGGUAAUACUGAAAUAAGUAUCAUCGAUAUACUAAAACAUCCAAUAUACAAACAAUUUGAAAAUAUAGUUUUAAAUGCACCAAAAUUGCAUGUCAUUCAAGUACAAAGUACAGAAAGCUGUAACUUGUCUACUGCACAGAAAAGGAUGCUCAUUAUGCAGGAAUAUUCUCCCAAUUCUACGGCUUAUGUGGAAACAAUUGCGAUGAAAACAAGAAAAGGCAUCAAUAUCGACGACGUGUUUAAGCACAUCUUAUUACUACACCCAGAGUUAAAAACAGAAAUUCGAUUGGUCAAAAACCACAGAGAAUAUACAAGGUGUAUUGAUUCCAAACGUGAACAUAAAGUCAUCUAUGAAACUGUAAAACAAAAUAAUGACAUUGCAAAAUACAUUUCAGAUACAAUACCAAAAAUGGAAGUCAUAUCUUCGUCUUUAGUCAAGUGUCGAUAUUUGCAAACACAAACCUCAGAUUGUUUAGUUUUUCAUGUACAUCAUAUUGUUUCUGAUGAGAUAACUUUACGAUGUCUAAAACAUGAUUUGAAAAAAAUACUAAAUGGUGAAGACGCCGACAAAUGGUCGAAUUCAUUAUCGUAUUCGACAUAUGUUUCCGCGGAAGAGCAAUAUUUGAAAAGUAGGGAAUGCUCAUCUGAUGAGUCAUUUUGGAAAGAUCAGUUUGAAACGCUACCACCAGAAGUAAAUUUGUCACUAUUGCCACUGUCAGAAUCAAUCUGGAACGAAACUAUUCCAUACAAAGCAAAACAUUUACACAGUUAUAUAACAAAUAGCAGUAAAACUCGCAUUUCAAAGAUUACUAAAGAUUUGGGAACCACCGAAUUCGUAUACUAUUUCGCCUGCACAUCAAUUGUACUACAACGAUAUCUUGGUGUUGAUGAUAUGACGUUUAUGGUGCCUGUUACACUACGAGACGACUUACAUCAAUCAACGGAUGGAUUGUUUGUCAACACUUUGCUCUGUCGGGUAAAUUUUAACCCAACAUUAACGUGGCGACAAUAUAUUGCACAUGUUGAAGAAGUCUUACUGUUAUCACAAAAGUCUCGUGCAUACCCGCUAGAUAAAUUAGCACACAUAUUAUGGACAACCCAAAAGAAAAGCAUUAGUUCAUUCUGUUCUCUAAUGUUCAAUUACAGCAGAGCCAACACUGAAAAAGACGAGAUUAGAGUAUACUCUAAACAUGCAAAGAUGUCGUUAAGUAUAGAUGUAAUUGUUGACGAAGGGAACAAACAGACAUCAGUUUUGUUUGAAUGGGCAGAAGAUGUGUUAAACAGUACUAUAGUUGAGCGAAUAAGUAACAGUUUGACUGAACUUUUUUCCAGGGAUACACCAUUGGAUCAACAACUAAAAGCCAUGGAUAUUCUAUCGUCGUCAGAGAAACAAUUGCUGCAGACGUUCUCUGUAAAUAAAAUUUCGAACGACAUUCAAGUGUUUACGGAUAAGAAAAUGCAUAUACUGUUUGAAAUGAACACAGAAAAACAUCCAGAAAAUACAGCUGUCGUUUGCGAUGAGGACGUUAUCUCAUAUCAAAAUCUAAAUAAGAUGGCGUCACAAAUCGCAGAGGGUAUUUGUACAGAAAUAAAUGCGGAAAUUUUGGAGUCAAAUCCUGUGUUAUUGUUUACAAAGAAGGACAUAUAUUCUGUUGCAAUGAUAUUAGGCGUUUGGAAAUGCGGUGGGCACUUUCUUCCAGUUUCUAUAUCAAACCAGAACGUUUUAAAAGAUAUAAGUUCGCGAAUUUCACCAGCUGCCAUUAUUUAUCACUGUAGCGAUGAAGAUUAUAAAACAAUGAUAGAAGCGUCCUUCACCUGUCCAGUUAUGAAUGUUGAAACUCUUAUUGAAAAUACAUACAACCGUUUCCUCUGGAGUCAGGAAGCAUCAGGAAAAUCAGACACUGUAGCAUAUGCCAUUCAAACGUCUGGAUCUACAGGUGUACCAAAGAUGUGCAAAAUUUCCCAUUGCAACCUCAAUGUUGUUUCCAAUGCUUGGAAGACUGUGUAUAAUAUGGAUAAAUAUGAGGUAAAUGUUUUCCAAUGGGCACCAGUGUCAUUUGACGUGUUUGUUGGAGAUCUCGUGCGAUCAUUGAUUUGCAUGCCUGGCAAACUAGUUCUUUGUCCAGACGAACGACGAUUGGACGUUUCUUACAUUCAACAUCAGAUAAAAUACCAUAAUAUAACUUUCAUAGAAGUGACACCGCAUUUUGCAUCACACUUGAUAGAAGACAGUAAUGCUUCCGAUUUCGAAAGUUUAAAAAUUUUAGUUCUGGGGUCGGAUGCUACACACAGUCACAUAUUUGAAAAUAUAAAAGGAAUCUUGAGACCGGAUCAGCGUGUUAUUAAUAGUUAUGGAAUGACGGAAGCUACUAUUGAUUCUACAUAUUUUGACAGUAAUAAUGUACAUUGUACAAGGAGUGGCACAGUACCGAUUGGAAAGCCAUUACCAGGAGUAUCACUACAUGUCCUAAAUACAAACACUUUACUUCCAUCUCCUAUAGGAACUAUUGGUGAACUUUACAUUAGCGGAAACGUCCUUGCGUCUGGUGAUACUGAAAUUGUUGAAAUUGGAAAAGAGAAAUAUGCAUUAAAAACCGGAGAUAUUUGUUGCUGGUUACCGUCUGGGAAUCUAGAGCUAUAUGGUAGGUCAGACGACGUGGUGAAGUUGAGAGGAUUUCGCAUAAGCACUUUAGAAAUUGAAAAACGAAUUAUUCUUAAAAUAAAAGACAUCAAAGAAGCAUGUGUUUCCGUUUUAAUUGAUAACAAAUCAAGUAAAACUCAGUACUUAUGUGCAUUUGUUGAGAUGUAUCCAAAUCAUUCAAUGGAUAUGAACGUUAAUAAGAUAAAGCAAAUACUUUCCAGUGAGUUACCUUACUACAUGGUUCCUGAUUUAGUUCACUUUUUGAAAAAACUUCCAAUAACAAAACAUGGCAAAAUUGACAGGAAAAGUCUGCCAUCUUUAUCAGACAUGAAUGACUUGAAAUGUCAGAGAAUAACAGGUGAACAUGAUGGUAAAGAUUCGGAUACCGCUAAUGUGUUGAAAGCCUUAUUCGCAAGAGCAAUGGAUAUAACAGAUAUAAAUAUUAUAGAUGUCAAUCUGACAUUCAUGGAGAAUGGAGGUCAUUCUUUAACAUUAGUUCGAUUUUGUUCUCUUAUAAAAAAGGAGACAAAAUUCAAAGUAGGAAUUGCUGAUUUAUUUUCGUAUCCAUCUAUCUUGACUUUGGCUAACCAAAUUGAAGGCAAGCAAAUAUUGGAAUCAGAAAACAAAGUAACAAAUAAUGUAUGUUCAACAGAUUCUGAAGAUAUAGUUAUAACUGGAUUGGGACUCCGUCUACCUGGUGGCAUUAUGUCUUUACCGCAAUUAUGGGAAGAACUUAAGAAUGGAGAAGACCUAGUGCAUCAAUUUCCGCAAGAAAGGAUUUCAGAUUAUAAAGACUGUUCUAAAUUUAUUCCAACUACAGAUACAUAUCGAGGGUCCUUUUUAGAUAGAAUAGAUCAAUUCGAUAACGAUUUUUUCCAUAUUCCUCCUGGUGAGGCAAAGUUCAUGUCGCCAGAACAAAGACUGUUACUGCAAGUAGCAACAGAAGCCUUACUCGAAGGAGAAAACAUCAGUAAUGUAAAUGGGGCUAAUAUUGGUGUUUUUUUCAGUACCAUUGAUAUUGGAUAUUCACAGCUGAAUUAUCCAGAUGAAGCAAUCUGCGUAUCAGGUCUUUUACCAGGAAUGGUUGCUACACGUAUUGUGUACCAGUGGAAUUUGAAAGGACCAAGUAUGCUUGUCGAUACAGCUUGUUCAUCUUCACUAAUGGCAUUAAAACAUGCUUGUGAAGCUAUUAAAAAGAACGAAUGUGACGGGGCGUUAGUAGGAGGUGCUAAUCUUGUGAUUUAUCCAGGAAGAAUAGGCGUCUUUGGAAAUGCAGGAAUUCUUUCACCAGAUUUUACCUGUCGACCUUUUGAUGAAAAUGCAAACGGAACUGUCGUUGGUGAAGGUGUUUUAUGUUUAUAUGUGGAAAAAUUAAGUUCAGCAAUAAAGCAAGGCAAACAUAUCUAUGGUAUUGUUAACAGUGUUGCAUCAAACAGUGUUGGACACGGGAACGGAAUCACAGCUCCGUCUUCGACCUCACAGACUGAUGUCAUACAUAAAGCGCUCUUGGCUGCCGGUUUAAAAGCCGCAGAUAUUGGUUAUAUUGAAACACAUGGCACAGGAACAAAGCUAGGGGAUAAAGUAGAAAUAUCAGCUUUGUCAUCAAUAUUUAAAGAGAACGUAGCUAUUGGUACAUCCAAGAGUAUGUUUGGACAUUUAGACACGACAGCUGGGUUACUUGGACUAGUGAAGGUGUUGGCAACAUUUAUGUUCAAUAAGAUACCACCAUCUGCAAAUUUUAGAAUUCCGAAUCCAGAACUGAGAGAAUCUGCUUUGUCUGUUGUAACCGAAAUUCAAGAUUGGAAUUGUAACAGUUCGGGAAAACAAGUUGCUGGUAUUAGCGCAUUUGGCUUGACUGGGACAAACUGCCAUGCAAUACUUUCAAACCAUGAUGCACAAAGUGUAAAAAAAGUAAGAAAACAGCAAAGCUUCCCGCUCUUUUUCCGAGGCAAGUCCUUCCAUCAUAUACAAAAACAAGCUCGGCUGUAUGAUUGUCUUAUCAAAGAAACAAUGCAAAAGGCAUCUUUGAAUUCCCUCGAAGGUAUGUGUUUUGUAGUUGCCAAGAGGUUUCAUCAAAUGUGUAUGGCGAAUGUUGGUCACGAUCAAUUUCGUUUAGCAAUUGAUGUCAAAACACCACCACAAGCAAUACGCUUAUUGUCUAUUGUACAAUCGACAUCGAAAGCGGAAGAUUUAAUACAGAUCUGUAAAAUCCGCAGCGACAUGCACGUUUCAUUUCCUGGCACAUGCAUUGUAAAUUCGGAGAUAAAAUACUUUAGAUCCUUUAUACAUGACAAUCAAAUUGACAUUUCCGAUAUUUUUGAAGAAGAGUUUAAUAAUGUGUGCCCAGCAUUUGGUGUAACAUUGGCUUUGUUUGAAGAAAAUCGACUUUGGCUGGAUCAAAAAACCAGACUUGUACAAAUCGAAAACCUGUAUGAUCUGUUGGACAGAAAGAUAACAGACAGCAAGGAAAUUGUUAGGUCUUUACCAUUAAUGGCCACAGACAACCUAGCAUAUCUUCAAGGCAGAUUUUGUUCAGCUGUUAUUAUCAAACUUCUACGUUCUACAAACCUAUCCACUCAUGUACUUAAUAACAGAAGCAUAUCUUUGAAAGAAUCGUUCGAAAUCACAGGCAUGCUAGAACAGUACGAGAAAUUAUUUUUUGUUAUGAUAAGGGAGCUUUUAAACAACGGAUUUGUAAGAGCAACUGGAAAAGACGAAAAAGUUUUGAAAUUGGAUUCAUAUUUUUUUAACUGCAGUGAUAUACUUGAUGUUGAUCCAACAAAUGUAGCUGAUCAUGCCAUGACAAAAUACCCUGUUUGGGCAGACUGUUUUAGAUUUCCGUUAUAUUGUUCACAACACUUGCGUAGUGUUUUAUGGGGAAACAUGAGCCCUUUGUCAGUAAUUUAUCCCCAGGGCGACUUAAAUUUUAUGUUCCGAUUUGAUAAACUUGGCGAUCCACUUGGAGACGUUUACUACAAUACAUAUAUGCAGACGAUAGCAUCGUACGCUGACCAACUAACAGGAAGAGGGAAGAAAAUAAGAAUACUAGAAGUGGGUGCCGGUAUGGGACAUGUUACAAGACAGCUUCUUCCAAAGUUUACAGACAUAGGAAACAUUGAAUAUUGGUUCACCGACCUCGGAAAAGCUUUCGUUGAAAAUGCAAAGAACACAUUUGAAAUAUAUUCGCACUCUAUGAAAUUUUGUACAUUUGAUAUAACAAAAUCUGCUCUAGAACAAGGCGUUAUCGGUACGUUCGACAUUGUGAUAUCCUAUAAUGUUAUUCACACAACUGACAGUAUCAAAACUUCUGUUGUGAAUCUGAAGUCAUGUUUAGGGGAAGACGGCACCUUGUUCAUAAUUGAAAGUGCAAAGAAUGAAACAUGGGCAACAUUAGCCUGGGGUGUACUAGAUGGAUGGUGGUUUUUCAAAGACUAUGAUCUUAGACCAUUUGAGCCUAUGAUGGAACCUGAGAAAUGGGAACACAUUCUGUCUGAUAUUGGAUUUGCAUCUAUUGUAUCUUGUCCAUUUGAUGAAGAAGACCGAAAUGAAGUAGAAAAAUUUUUGUUUGUUUGUUGUGUCAAACCAUUGAAUGUAUCCGAGUCUCGCAGAUCACGUUGGUGGAAAAAUAUUGAUACAGAUUCUGAGAAUAAAAUAGAAUUAGAAGAUGACGCUGACUUAACUGAUACCAAUUUGUCUACAGAACAGAUUGUACAAAACGAAUUAAAACAGAUUUGGUCUGAACUGUUAGGGGUACAAAAUAUAAACCCUGAGGAUGAUUUUAAUUCUCUUGGUGGUGAAUCGUUAAUUGCAGUUCAAAUGAUGACCCUUGUUCGGAAACGCAUAGGGUAUCAAUUGGAGAUAGCUGAUACGUUUGGAUAUCCAAGUUUAGCUGGAUUAGCCAAUUUUAUUUUCUCUAAUCUGAAACCAAAAUUAGACAAAAGUCUCAGUAAUAAUGUUGUUACUGAACGCGUAAAAGAUAAUGUUUUGCAAACAGACUCCUAUUCCUUUAAAGAAAAUAAGUCAAGCAAAAUGCUGAUGUUUCCAGGUCAAGGGUCGCAAAAAGUCGGAAUGUGUCGUUCAAUGAAGGAUAGUACUGAAGCUAGAUAUGUUUUCAACAGAGCAGAGAAAAUUCUUGGUUAUAACAUUCUUGGCGUUUGUCUUCAAAAUGAUGAAGAAUUGAGCGAGAGGCUAAAAUCAACUGCGUUCGUGCAAGUUGCCCUAUUUGUAGGAUGUUUGGCUAAAAUAGAGCAGAUUAAGAUAGAAAACCCACACAUUUUAACAAAUAUCAACUGUGUUUCUGGUCUUAGCGUUGGGGAGUUCUGUGCGCUUGUAUACGCCGGUGUUUUAAAGUUUGAAGAUGCCCUUGAAAUUGUAAGGAAACGAGGACAAGCAAUGGAAGAGGAAGCGAAUAGAUCAUCAACGUCCAUGGCUAGUAUUUACGGUCCUCGCAUGGAUCAGCUUAAACAUUACUUAAAGAUCAAUUUUGAAUCGUUAGAAAUAUCCACAUAUUUAGGAGAUAAUCAACACACAGUUGCCGGGGCAAAUGAUGACAUAGAUUCUUUUGUCGAUUAUUUGAAAUCAAAAGAUAAAGAGAGUAUGAAUGUUAUUGACGUUCGGAAAUUACGUGUUGCAGGAGCUUUCCAUUCGAUGUACAUGAAGAAAGCGACUGUUGUUGUUGACCCAUUAAUAGAUGCAGUUGAAUUUCGAAAACCUCGCACACCUGUUCUCAUGAAUGUUACUGGAAGUUUUUCAGAAGAUCCUGAUGAUAUAAAAGAACAGCUUAAAAAACAACUAGUUGAACCUGUACAGUGGAGAAAAACGAUAGUAUCUGCUUAUGAAAGUAAUGUUAAACAAUUUAUGGAGGUAUCUCCAUCUAGAGUUUUAACAUCUAUUGUGAAAAAAAGAAUUGUCGAUUGUGAAGGAUGUCGCACAGAUUUUGUAGAAGUAUAGGCAGAUUGAAUCAAAUACUAUCAAAUUACUUUCAUUUUUUUGUUUGAUUAGAUUGAUUGUAAAAAAACGAUGUUCAGUUGCUAAUGAAUGAUACUUUUUUACACCUGAUAAAAACGUGUGUUGUUAAAUUGCUUUCAGAGUUUUUGCAAAUUUUUUUCUUUUAAAAUUUAUACAUUUUAAUAUAUAAAGUCAAGGGGUUUUAGUGUUUAGUAUUUACAGAAUAUAAAUGAAAGGAGUUCGAUUUGAUGUGUCUAGUUUGUCUAGCAAAACAUUGCGUUUAUUUUUACUCCCAUUGUAAAUAUUGUAUCUUUUCAUGCUAAAUAGUAAUUUAAAUAUGUAUAUAUACAUGAUUUUUAAGUAUUUGUAUGAAUCACAUUUUGUAAACAUAAUUAUAUUUAUUUUAUCAUUAACGCAUUUGAAAUCAGUUAAUUACUAUGCGUUUGUAUAUAUGUAUGUGAAGUAUUCUGAAUGAUAAGAAUGCAUAAUGUCAGUUGUCUCACUGUUAAUAGUGGCUUUGUAUUACAUGUAUUACAAAUGUCCGUCUUAAUGAUUUAGCUGUUAAAUAUUUAAGACAGGAUGCUUAUGGUAUAAUAUCAACUGCUUUAAAUAGGAUACUAUAAUUAAUAUUGAUUAUUCUAAAAAUUUUAAUGUUUGUAAAUAAUAUAGUGAAAAACACCUACAUGUAGUUGAAUUAAUUGACUUGUUCAUCAAUUUAUAAUUGAAAUUACUUAACAUGAUUGUGUUGUUUUCUUAAAAGUUAUAACUAAUUUUUUGUGGAGUGAGGAAAACUUCAAUGUUCGUGGAUAUUUAUAUUCGUUGAUCUGGCAAAUUCUGCAUACAUUCCUUUUGAAAAUGUGUAUUUCGUUAAACAUUUAAAUUCGUGAUUCCCCUGUACCCACGACAUCCACGAAAAUUAGUAUCCAACGCAUAAUAAUGAAUCCACAAUAUACCUUUUAAGUUUUUGAAUUAUAUCAAGAUAGUUUUCCAAUGCCAAUUUUAUGUAUUUGAUAAUGUAUUUAAAAAUAAAAAGAUUACACUAUUUGUUAAUUUGAGAGUAUAUUGUAUAGAUAAAUUGCUUUAAUAGUGAAGGAAGGUUUCAUGUUCUUGUUAAAUAUGACAUUAAAAAGAUGUUUAACAUGUCCAAUUAAACUAAUUUUUCAAUUUUGCAUUUUCUUUUUUAAAUUUGUCUAGCUCUGUUCUGUUGUACAUGCUUAUCAAGUUUUCAUGUAAAUAAUAAAACAAAUCAUAUAAUCCAUGAUGUAUACAGCACGAAGGUCAUUUCACAUUCGAGUACUGGAAACUCGAACUUAAGAUAUAGCACAAAGACAAUAAUGAUCAGUUGUACUUCAAUUUGAUUCUUCUUUCUUUUAAUCAAGAAGCAUCAAUGUAGAGAUGUUUAGAACAAAUUAUAUAUCACCAAAUAACCCUUUUUCAUACAAAAUAAAUAGUCAGUUUGAUUUUUUUUCACAUGAAUAUAUAGUUUUUCAUUUUAAUUUAUAUUCUCUCUCUAUUUAAUUGUACAAUAAAUCAAAACACAUUAAAUAAUUUG